AUCACUUCCCCUUCACCCUCACCGUGAUUUUGGCCUCUAAACAAGUUUCCAUAAAAGAUAAAACUUCCAUUUUUACUCGUUUUGAGAAUUUUGAAACAAACGAACCAAACUGCAAAACCCUAAACCCCUCACUCUCUCUCUAACACAUGGAAGUUGGUGGAGUUGCAGAGGAUCACAUCACAGUGUAGCGUUCGCUCAAACAAGAUGCAGAAGAAGCUUCAAAUCGCAACCCUCUCCUUCCGCUCCAUUCGCUUCCUCACUCCCAAACCCAAUCACUUGUCCUUUGAGGUAUGCGAUUCUGUUGGUCCAUCAAAUGUGAAGUGGCGUGGGUUGUCAUAUGCUGCUGCUUCUUCUGCCCCUUCUGAGCCACCGGAGUCUCAGAAAGGUCGAAAGAGGGUUUCGAAACAGCAACGGCGAGCUAUAGUGGAGUCCUUUGUGAACAAGCACAGAUCAGAGAAUGCUGGGAAAUUCCCGACAAUAACUGAUAUUCAAAAACAAGUUGGUGGUGGUUUUUAUUCGAUCCGGGAAAUCAUUAAGGAACUAGAAUACAAGUCCAAAAUGAAAUCUUCAAACAACAAGGAUGAGAUUUUGUUGGAAAAGCUAAUUGAUAAAAGUAAACGUGAGACCACUGAAUCGGUCAUUGUUUCAUAUGAUAAUAUUGAGACUUCAAGAGAAAAGCCUUUCCAAGAUGAUUCUCUGCCGGUUCUUAUAGAUGGCAAAGAGACUGUUAGUACUGGUUAUGAACAUCUUGAAGAAAGUCUUUCUGCUCCGUCUAGUGAAAAUUAUAGUAAUACUCAGGGCCAAGAAUCUGAAUUUGUUGAUACCGAAAAUCAUAAAAAAUUGGAGGAAAAAUGCAUUAAUGAAGAAAGUUAUGAGAGAAGGGAGCAACCUGCCUUGGAAAACCUGUCUGGUGAGACUUCCCAUUCAUGUUCCCAGGUACCAAAUGAUAUGAAUAGUGUGGAAGCUGUAUCUAGUUCUCGUUCUGAGGCUGUUGGACAAGAAAGACAUCUUCUGAAAGAGGAAAUAGAUCAGGUUUUUGCUCCAUCUUUUGGAAAAUCUGGCAAUAAGCACAGCGAAGGUCAGAGCUAUCAGGCUGUUGACAUAGAAAACCAUCUAACAAUUGAGAAGAAGAGCUUUAAGAAAGCAGGACCUGAGAGAAAAGAGCAAGAUGUCUUAAAAGACCUUCCCGAUGUGGUUAGUCAAAAGAAUAAAAUGGAGCAAUCUCAUGGGUCUUUAGAAUUGGAUGAAUCCAAAAUGGAUAGCUCUGAUAAUAGGGAGCCAGCUGGUUUAGUGGUCUCGGAGAAAUCAACUUUGUGGGGAAAUCUGAAAUCAUUUGCAGAUGGCAUCAUUAAUAUCUGGAGAAAAUUCUGAAGCUUUAUCAGUUUAUGGUGCAGCUUGCAGGAAAUGCAAUCUUUCUGCCCAACUCUGACGGUAUGUGUAGGGUUGAUGAGAUGCAUUACUCUCUUCGAUCUGUCAUCACCUGUCAUCCUUCUAGCAAAUUGCAUUUUUUCUUGCUAUCUUUCGACAUUUCCAGAGGUUUUGCAGCUAAGUUUUUCUGUGCUCCAGCUGGCUGUUCAUUUCAAAGUGGAAGAUAUUUGCAAUUGAGUUUCUAGUACUAUUCUGUUGGCCCCUUCUAGGUUAAAUCAAAAGUACUUCGAUUCCUAAUCUAGGAAAUUAACUUCCCAUUGUAAAUGAUUUUCACUUUGUUGUGAACAAUAGGAAUGGAAAUGCACAAUAUUGCAUUUUUACUUCAAUUAUAUUUUAGAUUACAUUUUUAUA